AUGAUACAUGUUUUGAACACAGGUGUAAUAGAAGAUAAUGAAGAUGAAAUAGCUGUAAGAGUCGAAGAUCAUCAACCAGAACUUCCUGAAAACAUAGAGGUUCCCGAAAACAGAGGUUCCUGGGAUGAAAGGGAUUUUUUUAUUCCCGAAGAUUUGGAGUUGGUUAGAUGGCAGAAAGAAUACGGAAAUGAUGAAUAUCCAGAUAAUAUUCCUUAUGUCCAAAUUGAUCGAAAUCUCCAAGUGAAUCUUCAUAAUGAAGAAACAAUUUGUGUUGUGUGCAGGGAUGGGGCUAGGUCUCAUGCAUCUGUACCUUGUGGACACAGAGUGUUGUGCGUAGAUUGCGCAGACCAACUAUGUAAUAAUCGUUGUCCAAUUUGUAAUGGAGAGUCCACCGGUGUCAUUCGCAUAUGGCAAUAG